CAGAUGGCGGCGGAGCGGCCCCGCCCCGUUGUUUACUGGUCCGCCGGGGCCGGCUGGCUGCUGUGAGGCGGCCGAGUGAGCAGGCGCCGCGCGGCUUCCCGCCUCCCUGGUGAUGCCUGAGGCGGCGGUAGAGGCGGCGGCGACGGCGGUGGGGUCCUUGCCGUUCCCUUCCACCUGGUCGGGGCCGCGGGGCGGACGGCGGGCGGAGCAUCCGGGGCGCUGAGGGCGGCUGUGGCGCAGCGGCGACGGAGGCGGCCGCCCUCAGGCGCGGGGAAGAGCCGGCGGGGGCGGGAUGAGGUAAUGGGGGGCGGCACGUGAGGGGGCCGCUUCCUCCUCCUCCUCCUCCUCCCGGCCAUCCAAGCCGCCUGACGGUGCCAUGAAAGCGCCCGGGGGCUGCCCGGGGGUCGCCCGCCUUUCCCCAAGCCGCGCCGGGGUCCGAGGCCAGCCGUAACUGGGGAGGGGGCGGCGGCGGCAGCUCCUCCUCUGCUGGGCCGCGGGAGACGAAGGGAGAUGCUCCGCCGACCUGCCCUGUCAACGCGGCCGUUUUUGCUCCUUUAGCCGCUCCUUUCGCCUCGGGGAGGGGGGCCCAAUUUCAGAAACCCCUCCCCUUUUUAAAUUUUUUCCCCCCUGCGGGGAGGGGCGUGUUUUUGGUUUUUUUUGGACUCCCUCCGCCCGCGAAGGCCGGUCCGAAGAGAGAACCGGUGUGUGUUUGUGGCUACUCCACCCCCUCCUUCCCGCCCUCGCCCCCUUUUUUGGGGGGGUGGCUUGCUUCGGCUUCGUUUUGGAGGAGUGGUUUUUUUGCCCCCUCCCCUUCGGCUCUCCCCCCACCACCACCCUCGCCCCAUUUAUAAAUCCGCCUCUCGGCUUCCUAAAAGGAAAGCUUAAUUAAAAAGUGCCCACCAAAGCUGCCUCUGGGAGGGAAAUAGCCAGGUGAAAAAGAAAAAAAAAAGCGCACUCAGUUUCCAUGGACAACCCGUCCAUUAUCACCCAGGUGACUAACCCCAAAGAAGAAGAAAUCCUGUCUUGCUCUCAGGAUAAAGUGUCCCAAUGUAAUCUCAGUUUGAAAAAGCAGAGGAGCAGAAGCAUCUUUAGCACUUUAUUCUGCUGCUUUCGUGACUACAAUGUUGAGCCUCCAGCUCCUAACAGCACCGGUGUCCUUCCUCCAUUGGUGGAAGAAAAUGGCGGGCUUCAAAAGGGUGACCAGGUGCAGGUCAUUCCCAUUCCAAGUCCACCAAUUAAAUACCUCUUGCCAGAAAUGACAAUAUCUGAUUACGGGAAGAAAUGUGUGGUCAUUGAUCUUGAUGAAACAUUAGUGCAUAGUUCCUUUAAGCCAAUUAGCAAUGCUGAUUUCAUUGUUCCCGUUGAAAUUGAUGGAACUAUACAUCAGGUUUAUGUGUUGAAACGACCACAUGUGGACAAAUUUCUUCAGAGAAUGGGAGACCUUUUUGAAUGUGUGUUGUUCACAGCAAGCCUAGCAAAAUAUGCAGAUCCAGUGGCAGAUUUGUUGGAUCGUUGGGGUGUGUUUACGGCUCGGCUCUUCCGGGAAUCCUGUGUUUUCCACAGAGGAAAUUAUGUGAAAGAUCUUAGCCGGCUUGGACGAGAUUUGAGCAAAGUCGUCAUCAUAGACAAUUCUCCUGCAUCUUACAUCUUCCAUCCUGAAAAUGCUGUGCCUGUUCAAUCCUGGUUUGACGACAUGACAGACACAGAAUUGUUAGACCUUAUUCCUUUCUUCGAAGGAUUAAGCAGAGAGGAGGAAGUCUACACCAUGCUCCAUAAGCUGUGUAACAGGUAGUCCCUUGAACGCCUGUCCUGUUGCAUCACCUGAAGCCUCUCUCGGAGGCUCCUCUGGAUAAACCUUCAGCGCUUCUGAUCUUCCCUCUGUCAUGAAAGACAAUCGCGACCCAGUGCUUCUAAAUCAUGAGAUUGACUAAUGCUCCGUGAGGCGAACGGCGUAUUAAUCAAGAAAAAAGAAAAGAUGAUGAAAAAGAAGCUAUUUUGAAUGGGACGUUUAACGCAUUUCAUAAAACAGGCGCGUUUUACAAAUUCUGCUUUUUUUUUUUUCCUUAAACCAUGCCAAAAAAGAAAAAAAUAUGAACGCUUGGUGUUAACUUCACCAGUCAAGUCAUCCCCCCUCCCCCUCCCCCACUCCCAGCUCAUCCUGCUAUGCAGAGUAUUUUUCCCACCCUGCCCUGCUUCACUAGAGCAGUUGACCUGACUCUGAACUUAAUUUCUUCCAGGACAAAGUGCCUUUUUGAAUGUUGUUUUAAGAUUUACAAAAAAAAAAAAAAUCACUUUUGUACAAGAGGUAUUUCCAGAAUCUUUUAGUCUUGUAUUGUUUAAAUGCUUGAAGAAGAAAAAAGACAAGAGUUGGGAGACUUUUUUUUUAUAGAGCAACUUAAAACUACGGAAUCAAAGAAGGAAUUUGGGGAAGGUUGUUACUGUCCUUAAAAUAUCAAUGGCUAUAUUUUGUACCGCAUUUGAAGCCCCAUACCAAUAGGUAGAAAUAAAUGGGGUAACUUCUAAGAUGGAGAUGCAGCUCCCUUACUAAUUUGGAUGACGUUUUGCACUUAGUUUAGGGCAUAUCUGUAUUUUCUUUUUUUUUAAUGGAGUAUAGCAAAAUGGAAUGGGAAAUGCCCUCCCUUGCAUUCCCUUCAAGAAGAAUCUUUGAUUGUGUUUGUUAACGCACAACUGCCAGGUGUGUCUGAGGUUAGGGAUGAAAUAGAGAGAAAGCAUAGAAGACAAUGAGUGUAUUUGUUCAGCGUGAAAUAUUUAUAGAGAGGUAUUGCCAACGAUGCUCUGAAAUCCCAGGGAAAGCGAAGUUUCUUCCCAUAACCCUCCUUCCUUUCCAUGGCCCUGGUGGGAGACAUUUCCCUUUAUAUAUUUUUUUUUAAAAUUGUGCCCUGUGUUUUUGUUUUUCCUCUUAAUUGCUGCUAACGAAGGCUCACCAAAUGGAACUGAACUUUGGCUGUUAUACUGUUCUUUGCCGCUGUGCCUCUGCUACUGGAAUUUCAAAAGCCCUUUACAUCCUUAGUUUCUGCCCAACGCAGACAUGUAUUAAUUCAAUUAAUUUCUUUUUUUAAAAUUCGGGGUUGUCACUAGUGUUUCCACCUUGGAAUUUUUCUUCCUUUCAUGCUUCUUCCAUUUUUGUUAAAAAAGAAAAAUAGGGAUGUUGGUUCUGUGCUUUAAUUCUAUGAUGGAACAUUUGAUUCUUCUUUUUCUUUCUAAACUGAUCUACUACAGUUGUUGCGUGAAGAUCCUUAGAACUAACAGCGUUUAGGGAAAAUCGGGUUGUUGGAAUGAAAUUUUUUUGGUAUUUUUAUUUGGUAUGUGUCUUGAUAUAGAACAAGGCUUGAUCUUUUUCUAAAAACCACAACCCUGUUAAGCAAAUUGGUCUGAGAGAAAGCACAAUUGCACCAUAUUGGGUAUUCUUUCUUUCUUUUGGUCAAUAUCAUCAAAUCAAUCUCUGUUGUUUAGAUGUAUGCAUUUUUUUCCAUCCUUGGAGGAAAACAUUGUGUAAAUAUCAAGAAUGUUGGCCUUCUCUGUGUUUGUUUCUCUCUCUUUUGAACCUCUCUCUAUAAGAGGGUGCAUAUCAGUCAUAUGUUUCCAUCUUCCUUGUAAAUUCGUUUUUAUUCUUCUUUACAGCAACCGAAGCCCUUUGAAAUGCUCAAAUUAGCCAUAGUGGACAAGAACUUUCUUUAAAACAUUUGGUGCUUAUCCCAGUAAAAAAAAAAAAAUACACCUCUCAGAAAUUACAGGUUCUUGCUCCUUGCCUUUGCCUAGUUUUCGUUGAAUUUGUUACAAAGGUUCAAAAAAGAAAAAAAGAAUCAGCUAAGAAGCAGAUGGGCCCCUCCUUUCAGGGUGAACAUUUAGGCCAACAUCCAUAGGCAGAAAACAGGUGAUCGGAGGCACAGUAAAAUGAAAAAGCCAAAAAUCAGACUUUUGACUCCAUCAAAGGGAUUUUUAAUCAGUGUUUGGAGAGCUCUACCAGUAUUGUAUAAGCAGGAUAGUCCUAUAUGAACCCCAAAAGAUUGCCUCUGCAUAUAUCUUUAUUUGACUUAUUGGAGGUUCUUCUUUAAUUGUACGUCUUGUCUGAUAUCAGAAUAAUUGUCUGAUAUUCAGAAUAAUAACACCUGGAGUGUUGGUGGUUUCCUUUGCUUUUUUUUUGUUUCCUUCUUUCUUUUGUUUGAAGUUUUAUUUGAGUGCUGGUUAAGUCCAUGAAGCUUAAUUUUAGUGAGAUCUUUAAUUUGGGUAUUUGAGUUCAAAAUAGUGGAGCAUUUAUACUGCCAAAGCGUGUUCUCUAAGCAGUAUUUUUUUUUUCUACUGUAUUUCUGGCUUUCUGAGCCUCAGAUGCAGUCUGCAGGGAAAAAGAAUUCAGGUUGUAACGGGGGCAAAUACGAUGGCAAUGGUUGGUAUUAAGUUGAAGAAAAAUUGCAGUGUUUUUUCUGGCUCAUCUUGAAUCUUUUGAUCUUCCCAGCAACCAGUUUCCAUCAUAUCUUGCCCUUUCUAAUAAUGUGUGUCUUUGACAGUUUUAUGCGAUCAGUUUGUGCAUAAUGCAGGACAUCUUGUUUGACUUUGCUUUUUUAUAAAAUCAGUGGGGUUUUUUUUCUCUCUAUCCAGUUGCCUUAAAUGUCUGUGAAUGAAUGUUGAUUAUGGAAAGUGUCUUGUAACAUGAUGGGAAUCCCACCUCCAACAGACAACAAGAACUUCCGGUGGGGGUCCCAAUUCUAAUAAAUUCUGAGAUGUGGAAAUUGAUCAAUUUUUUGAAGAUCGUACUUAUAACAAUCUGGUGCCUUUUCCUUACUUGGGCACGAUUUCAUUCUGGAGCUCCUCAUUUUUAUGUAGUCCUGAGAAUACAGGGUGUUAUUCAUGGAAAGCCGAAGAAAAGCUGUUUUAAAAUUUAGGCAUUACUUCUGUUUGCAUUGGUUUUUCUGAGGCAGUAUAUUUUUGGGGAAUUAUUUGUGAUGCAUCUUACAGCCAUAUUCAAGGUGCUUAGAAAUCCCUCAGAACUAUUGUCCUGGUUUUGAGACUGAUCUGUGAUCACUCACAUAUACAGUAAGAGGAAUAAAAUCAGCAUUUGUCCACUUCAUUGAGCAUUAACCUGAGUCCAGUCAGUUCCUUUCAAAUUCUUUAACACAAGGCAGGGCUUACCUUGUGCGCAAUAUGCAAUCGUGCAUGGCUGUAGCCUAAAAUUCUGUUGACAUCUACACAAUUUUCAGGCACACACUGACCAGUUGCAUUUGCCCUAGGUUGAACACAACAUGUUGGCCCUUUGUAGAAAUCUUAGCCAAGAUGGUGCUCUUGAUUGGAAGGUCAUGAGUCAACUACAUCUACUAAUAAUGCAAGUAAAAAAGGGCAGGGCUUCAGUCCUACGAUUGCAGCCAUCUUUAAUCCCCUAUCCCUGAUCCAUAACCCUGAACUUUUAACUUCUGCUUGCCUCUUGAGAAGUUCUGUUGUCAGUUGUAUGUUGGGAGAUUUUUAUGUGUAUGUGUGUGGGAGGGGGUGACUUAGAAAUGGGCACGAUGCAGCACCAGCACUUGAAGGGUUCCUAGAAUAUGAAAUUCCCUUCCUUCCUUCCUUCCUUUCACACCCAUCUUUUCCUUUUCCACUCCUCCCUUCCCCCUUUUAUUCCUCUCCCUCCCUUUUCCUCUCUCUCACACCCUUCCCUUUCUCCCUUUUAUUCCCUUCCUUUCCCUUCCCUUCAGUUUUCUUUGCACUCAUAAACACUACGGAGUCAUUGGGUAUCAUGGGAGAAUUAUGUCCACUCAGUCUUUCCUCUUGCUUGAUAAAGUUACUCAGUGAGUAACUUACACAGGGCAGAAAAGGAGGAAUGAGAGGCCUGAUGCACAUCUUCUAAACACUUGACAGCUCUGCAGAGUUGUUACGUCCAUUAUGUAUUUCAUUGUACUUAGUCUAAUUUACUUAACCUUCUAAUUUUGAUCUCAAGUUGGGAAGCAGAAUGCCCUGGAUGCCAGUAAAUAAAUAUCCACAAUAGUUAAGCAGACAAAUAUGGCUGUGUCCAGCAAUAUAUUUUACCAAAACUGGAAAGGGAUGGGAGGAAAACAGUCAAGAAAAUAAGGUGCACAGUUGUUCCUUCUUGCUCAACUUUUUGUACUGUAACUUUAAAAAAAAAAAACAGCAAGGAAAGCUUUUCAUUGACAAAUUGCUCCACCUCUAGAGUUGUUUAAUUUGUGGUGUGUACAGUCUCUAUUCCUGGCAUCAUUGAAGAAUUAGAAUGAAAAUGUGGAAAUUCUGAUCUCAAAAGACCCUGGAAAUAUCAGUGUAAAAAAAAAAAGCUGUAGUCUAUAUAUAUAUAUAUAUAUAUUUUCCAAAAUGAAAAAAAUUGCUCUAUAGAUUUGUUUUUCUAAAAAUAAUAAUAAAACACCAAACCGCACAGUCCUAUUGUAAAUUGAAUGUUUUUGCCUCUGAUUUAAAGGUGCUGCAACAAUUACUUUGACUGGGAAGGCAAGUUGGGAUUGAAAAAAAUGGCUUGAAAUCCUAUCAGCUACCUAUGCAAAAUAAAUAAAAGCUGACUAUUUUUUUUCUAUUUUAUUCCUGGGAACUAUGAAAAGAUCACAAGCAAUGGGUGAACUGUUUGUUAAUCUAAUAAAGGAACUGUUUACACACUU